AUGGCUCCCUCCAUCACAGCACCCACCGCAACAGAAGAGACGAACCAUCUCUUCCUGAACGGCCAUGCGCAGGCACAAUCCCAAAAGAACGGAGUCCCUGAGCCCGUCCCAACAACAGACGACUCUCAAACCAAACCUAGCUCGACGCAUCCCUUCAGCAUCCCCCUAAACACAGAAUACGCCUUCACACCCCGCAAGCUGCGCGUAAUCACCAUCGGCGCCGGGUUCUCGGGCCUACUGAUCGCGCACAAAAUCCAGCAUCGCUUCCCCGAUCUGAAGGAUUUCGUGGAACACAAGAUGUUCGAAGCGCGCAGCGAUGUCGGCGGCACAUGGCUGAUCAACACCUACCCCGGCGUGCAGUGUGACGUGCCCUCGCACAUCUACGCAUUCCCGUUCGACCCCAACCCCGACUGGACGCGCUUCUACUCCAGCGGGCCCGAGAUCCAGGACUACAUCAAGCGCACCGUCAGGAAAUGGAACCUCGACCGCGACUUGUAUCUGAACACCAGAGUCGUCUCGGCGGUCUGGGAGGAGGGUCCUGGGCACUGGAAGGUGACGGUGGAGCAUGAGGGCACGCAGCGAGACGAGUAUUGCGAGAUUCUAUUCUCCGCUCAAGGACUGCUGGUACAUCCGGCGUGGCCCGACAUCCCCGGCCUCGACUCCUUCAAGGGCCACACCACCCACUCAGCCGCCUGGGACCACAGCUACGACUACUCGCACAAGCGCAUCGCCGUGAUCGGCAACGGCUCCUCGGGCAUCCAGAUCACGCCCGCGAUGGCCAAGCUCCCCGGCACGCAGGUCGUCAAUUUCAUGCGCUCCCCCGCCUGGGUGUACUACCGCGUGCCGCCGUCCAAGCACCACGGCAACGACGACGACGACCCCAACCCGGCGUACACGGAGGAGCAAAAGGCGCGGUUCCGCGACCCCGAAGAGCACCGCCAGUACCGCAAGGGCAUCAUCAACCGGACAAACCGGAACUUUCGCCUGGCACGCGCUCCCCGAUGCGAAAACAACGAGGCCGCCAUGCGCUUCGGCGCGAAGCAAAUGGCCGAGAAGCUCAACCACGACCCUGAGCUCUGCGCAAAGCUGAUCCCUAAAUUCGAGGUCGGGUGUCGUCGCAUCACCCCGGGACCGGGCUAUCUCGAGGCGUUCGCGCAGCCGAACUGCAAGCUGACCAAUAGUCCCAUUACGGAGAUCACCGAAAACGCCGUGCACACGGCUGAUGGACAGGUAUUCGAAUGCGAUGUCGUCAUCUGUGCUACGGGUUUCGAUGUCUCGCAUUGCCCGCGAUAUCCCAUCAUCGGCCAAAACGGCGUGAGUCUCGCCGACAAAUGGGCCGAAACGCCCGAAUCGUACCUGUCCGUGGCGACGGCCGGCUUCCCCAACUACUUCAUCAUGACGGGGCCGAACAACCUCGGCGGCCAUGGGUCGCUGGUGGAAUCGCUCAACUGGACCGGCGACUACUUUGUGAAAUGGAUCCGGAAGAUCGCGACGGAGGAUAUCAAGUAUGUCAUGCCGAAGCGGUGCCGGGAAGAGGCGUUUGUGCGGUACGGAGACGAAGUGCACAAGACGCUGGUGUGGACGGGGAGCUGCAAGAGUUGGUAUAAGCGGAAUACGGUGGAUGGGCGAGUGACGGCGCUGUUUGGAGGGAGUGCGGUUCUGUUCCAUCGGCUGAUCAGUGAAAUCCGAGGGGAGGAUUUCGAGAUCGAAUACAACAGCCCGAACUCGUUCCGCUUUUUGGGGAAUGGAUUUACGGAGUGGGAGAUGGAUGAGAAGAAUGACCUGUCGUGGUAUGUGGAAUUGCCGGGUCAAACUCAUUGA